AUGGAAUCAAUCUCUAUGAUGGGAAGUCCUAAGAACCUCAAUGAAACUUUUCUACCAAAUGUUGCCAAUGGCAUCAAGGAUGCCAGGAAGAUCACAAUAGGCAUCAUUGGAAGCGGAGACUUUGCUAAGUCAUUGACAAUUAGGCUUAUCAGAUGUGGGUAUCACGUGGUCGUAGGAAGCAGAAACCCUAAGCUUGCUGCAGAGUUCUUCCCCCAUGUGGUUGAUGUCACUCACCAUGAAGAUGCAGUAGCAAAAACAAACAUCAUUUUUGUAGCCAUACACAGAGAACAUUAUGCCUCUUUGUGGGACCUCAAGCAUUUACUCGCUGGUAAAAUUCUGAUUGAUGUCAGCAAUAAUACAAGAGUAGACCAAUAUCCGGACUCCAAUGCAGAGUAUUUGGCAUCACUUUUCCCAGAUUCCCUGGUUGUCAAAGGAUUCAAUGUUGUUUCAGCUUGGUCACUGCAGUUAGGACCAAAGGAUGCCAGCAGACAGGUCUAUAUAUGCAGUAACAAUGUUCAGGCUCGCCAUCAAGUGAUUGAGCUUGCCCGUCAGCUCAGUUUUAUUCCUAUUGAUCUGGGGGCAUUGUCAUCUUCAAGGGAGAUUGAAAACUUACCUCUGCGUCUCUUCACACUCUGGAAGGGGCCUGUAGUGAUUGCCAUUAGCCUGGCAACAUUUUUCUUCAUCUAUUCCUUCGUCAGAGAUGUAAUCCAUCCAUACAUGAGAAAUCAGCAGAGUGACUUCUACAAGAUCCCCAUUGAGAUCGUGAACAAGACUCUACCAAUUGUUGCUAUCACUUUACUUUCUCUAGUAUACUUAUCAGGACUUAUUGCAGCUGCUUAUCAGCUUUACUAUGGUACAAAGUAUAGGCGAUUUCCACCUUGGCUGGACAACUGGCUCCAGUGUCGAAAGCAGCUCGGACUGCUCAGCUUUUUCUUUGCAACAGUGCAUGUGGCAUACAGCCUCUGCUUGCCUAUGAGGAGAUCGGAGCGAUACUUGUUCCUCAAUAUGGCAUAUCAACAGGUUCAUGCAAAUGUUGAAAAUUCUUGGAAUGAGGAAGAAGUGUGGCGAAUUGAAAUGUAUAUCUCCUUUGGAAUAAUGAGUCUUGGAUUGCUUUCUUUGCUGGCAGUAACUUCCAUCCCUUCAGUAAACAGUGCCUUAAACUGGAGGGAGUUCAGUUUUAUUCAGUCUACACUUGGAUAUGUUGCUCUGCUCAUAAGUACGUUCCAUGUACUGAUUUACGGAUGGAAGAGAGCUUUUGAAGAAGAAUAUUACAGAUUUUAUACACCACCAAAUUUUGUUCUUGCCCUUGUUCUGCCUUCCAUUGUAAUUCUAGGUAAGAUUGUUUUCCUUUUGCCAUGUGUAAGUAGGAAACUGAGGAGAAUUCAAAGAGGAUGGGAGAAAAGCCAUGUUAUAGAAGAAGCAAGUGGGUCUGUUCCACAUCUCUCCCCAGAAAGAAUAACUGUGAUGUGA